AUGGUGGUGAUUGAUGAAAGGAACCGGGAUCGUGCGAACAGGAGGGACGUGGUGGAGCUUCCACAAUAUGAUCAAGCUGUGACUGUGGCAUAUUAUGGGGAGGAGUUACAUGGGGGCAUACCUCUACCCCACUUCUCUAGAAUCUCUCCUUUAAACAUGCAUAAACAAAACAAGGUGGUGGAGCAUAAAUACAAGCUAAUGAAUAAUAGUCAGACCAAGCAAGCAACUCCUGCUGAAUCUCAGAAGUUUGCAAGUUCCAUGAAGGUUGCAAUAGAAGGAACAUCUUCUCGUGGUGAGGUCAUGUCAUCUGCAGUUCUUAAAGCAGAGGAGGUCCAAUCAAAUUUGAGACCAGAAUUUCCUAGUUUUGUGAAGUCUUUAGUUAGAUCACAUGUUGCUAGUUGUUUUUGGAUGGGGCUUCCUGUGUCAUUCUGUAAAAGACACUUACCGGGUAAGGAUACAACAAUCAUUUUGGAAGAUGAAUCUGGUAAAGAAUACAAUACAAAAUUCAUUGCCUGCAAGACGGGAUUGAGUGCUGGAUGGAGACAGUUUUCUGCUGUGCACAAAUUGCAGGAGGGUGAUGCGGUGGUCUUUCAAUUAGUUGAACCAACCAAAUUUAAGGUUUAUAUAAUAAGAGCUAAUAAUACGAGGGAACUGGAUGGGGCCUUUCUGAAUCUUGAUAGUUGCACAAAACAAAAAAUGGGAGGCAAGACUUGUUUCUCUAUGCUUUUAGUUUCUUGUAUAAUAUCAAUCACAAAUCAUCAUGGAUUUAUGCAUUCUUUGAUUUGCUCCUUGUUCUCAGGCAAAGAUAAUGCAGAUACUGAUGUUGUGGUAUGCAAUAGCUCAAAGAGAAAACAUGGCAAAUCUGUCCCACUAGAUGUCCAAAAGAUAAAGAGGGCAAACUUGUCCAGUCUGAGACCUAAGGUGAGGCCAUCAGUAGAACAAUCCGAAAAUGAUAGUGAGGAAGCUCUCUCAGAAAUUAUGGAGGAGUAUAAAAUGCUUGAGUUGGAAGAUGUGAGAGGCUUUGAAAAUUUUAGCAUCAUAGUUGAUGGAGUGUCAAUAGAUGCUGAAUUCCCUACUGAGGUUAGAAACAAGUACUACAGGCUAUGUUGCAGUCAGCAUGCAUUUCUUCAUGAGAAUCUCAUCAAGGGCAUGAACUAUAAGCUGAUUACUGGAAUUAUAUCCGAAACUGUCAACAUUGCUGAUGCCAUAAAGGUUAGUGUGAUAUGCACCCCACGUGUUGAAUUUGCUAACUGGGACAAAACGUUGCUUGCCUUUGAGCAUCUGGGCAUGAAUGUUGAGUUUCUAAGGGUCCGAUUACGCCGGCUUGUAAGCAUUGCUUAUGAGAAAAGUAAUGCCUCAGAGGCCAAAAAAUACUUGGCAUAUAGAAAUGAAUACAGUCGCGCAGAUGCUGAAAUAAGAAACAUGGAAGCCAAGCUCGAAGAAUUGAAAGGAGCAUGUAAUGGUUUUGGUGCUUAUCUUGGGAGUUUGAAGGGCAAAGCUGAAAACUAUCAGAUCCAGUUUCAAAGAGAGGUCGAUGCUCCUUGGUGA